AUGCUACAUUCCCUGAAUGGUUCAGGCCGAACCGCUGACAGUCGAACCGAGGAAAAUUUGGUAAAUGAUGCCGCUAGUAAUGACCUAUUGACACAAGCGCAAGUGAUUCUGCACCAUAAACGUAAUCGUGUACUUCCAUCAGAUCUGGAGCCUGCUUCGGCUCGUUUCACCUGGUCUAACGACGACGAAACAAGGGAGUUGUUGAAGCAACCAGGAGUUAUUGCAGGUAGUUUUUCAAUAUUUUUAUGA